AUGGGGAGACCUAAGAAAGAGGUGAGUGAGGAGAAGAUAGAGAGCUUUCAGCGAGAGCUGGAGUUGGCGGGGGACAGGACAGAUAUACUGCUGAAGGAUAAACGCGGGAGGUCGCGGUCCUGUCUCCUAUGCCGCAGGAGGAAGCAGAGGUGUGACCAUAAACUACCCAGUUGCACAACGUGUUUGAAAGCUGGAGUCAAGUGUGUGCAGCCGGUGAGGUACAAUAACUACGGGAACGCAGUCGGUGAGUCAGGGGAUAGAAGUGGGUCCACGACUCCAGAUUUACAGAACUCCGCGCGCCAUUCACCAGUAGGGGUCCCUCGGAGCUGCGAUGAAAGGUCUGCCGGAGUGGCAGGUCCGUAUAAAAUGAGAACUGUACCGCCGGUCGUGACCGAGGGAGAAUAUUUGCAUUUGUCGCCCACAGUGACAACGGUGUCCCCAGGGCAGGGAACUGAUAAUAAAGUUACGAAGACGAAGAGGGAUAAACGUGCCAACGGUAAGGAUAACGGCCAAAAGGACGAUUACACUAAGUUACUAGAGAAAAAAUUGAAGUUCCUCGAAAAGUUGACGAGUUUAAAUCCAAACUCAGAGACCUUUAAUAAGAAACUGAAACAGUACAAAAGAAUAACACAUUUACUCAACGGUAUCGACGAUUCUACUUUGGAACAGUACGUGAGUUUGCAAUCUCCACCAUCAACACAUCCCGGUCAACAACCUCAUCCUUAUGGCCUGCUGCCUCCGCCUACCACCGUCAGAAUACCGCAGCAGGCACAGCAACAACCGUUGCAGCCGGGGGGGUACUACUAUAACAAUAGCAGUCACAAUCACAAUAGUACCAAAAGGAGACCCAGUUUCAAUGAUAAAAAUAUUGGAGCUCCCACGGGGACACAGAUCGGUAAUAACCCACCGAUGCAUAAUUGGAACUCGAUAAUCUCUACAAAACAACAAUCUCCCAUGGGGUCCAAUCUGAUCAAGGAUACCAAUAUACCGAACUUGAAUUCCUUCGACAGUGUCGAUUUCUCGACGUGUAUCUUUGCCAAAUACAACUUAAAGGAGUUCCUCGCAUACGAUCCAGCGUUUGAGUUCGAUGAGGAGCUAUCCCGGUCCUUUUUGGACACGUUUUUCACAAGGUUACAAUUCAAGUAUCCACUGUUGGAUGAGGCGGAGAUUUACGCAUUCCAUGAGAAUUUUGUCAACAAUGCGAUAUACUCCUAUAACGAAACAAACUUCCAUUUCGCUUGCGGUAGGAUGUGGCUUGUUUACAGUAUCAGCGCAUGUCUACAUAUGACCACGGGGAAGUAUAGGGGUGAACCCCCUGUGAGAUACUUCUCGACUGCCAUACGGCAUAUCACUAGGUCCGGGAAGAAUUUGAACUACGUUCAACAGAUUGAGUUGCUCACUUUGCUCGUACUGUACCUUCUUAGAACGGACAAGGACUCGAUGGUACUUUAUGAAAUUAUUAAGGACGUCAUGGGUAUCUGUAAGAACAAGUUGCAUUUGAACAAAUGGCACCCUCAGGACCCCUUCGCACAUAAGAAACUACGACUUUUCUACUGCGUGUACUUAUUGGAGAGAAUGAUCUGUGUUGCCGUCGGGAAACCGUAUACCAUAUCUGAGAGUGAGAUAGACCUACCAUAUCUCAGCGAGGACGCGUUUGGCACAAAGGACACCAAGAUACGUAGUGGGGUCCACUUUAUCAACCAGUCCUUGAAGUUGCGGCGGAUUGAAUCACAGUUUGUGGAACAGUUGCAAAUCCUACCGAACGGGGAUGUACCCAGGGAGAAGUCUGUGUUACAAACUCAGUUACCUCUAGUGCGUAAAUUUUUCAAAGAUUUGGAUAUUUGGAGAUCUGGGGUGGUGACGACUAGUUUCAAGAGUUUUGAAAACGAAACGCUUAAAUUGUAUUAUUAUAGGUCAGUUCGCAUCCUGAUACAACCGUAUCUGGAGAUACUGGCGCCGGAGGAUCGGCUGUUCAGGGAGUGUCAAGCUGCUGCUGGGCAGAUCUGCCAGCUUUACAAGAUCUUCCACCAAAAGACGAUCACUGGCCAUUCUACACCUGCUGUGCACACGGUGUUUGUUGCUGGUGUGACUUUAAUCUACUGUAUGUGGUUGGCUAGAAACUCUGAUGAUGAAAGGAGGAAGAAACUCGGGGAUUCAUCGAAGCACACGAGACCGCUGGUCAAUGCGACGUUGUUUUCCACGAUGGACGACCUUAGGGCGUGUUCUGUCUGUUUGUACGUGAUGACGGAGAGGUCGAAUUUUGCGAGAACGUUUAGAGAUACGUUUGAUCAACUGAUGAACGCCACUGUCGGUAACCUGAUUGAACGGUGUGGGCCUGACUCUGCCGAGUUGAUUUACUUGUCUCAUGCGGAGAAGAACAGGGAGAAGUUGCACAAGAGAAGCAGUGGGAGCACGAACGGAACGGAGUCCUCCUUUGAGGACCAGAAGAACUCACUACAGGAGAGUUCCUUGAACGGGAUGCCACCUGCGAUGAAGAGGACUUUUGGUAGGGGUCAAGUCGAAGAGCAUGUUGGGUUUGUGGAGAACUCACAGGUUGAUCUCACAGAGCAGGAGGAACUGAAGAAGAAGCAAGGGGUGUUGGAGAGGACGUCUGUUCCCAAGAGUCUUUCGCACCUGUUGAUCAACGAGAAGGAGACACACACACCUGGCGUUGCUAGCGGUGAAAACGAGAAUUUGAGUCGUGGCAAUUCGUGUGGUCAAGAUGACUUCAAAAAAUACGUAGUGAAGAAACCGAUGAACUUUAACGAAUUUGACUGGGAGAAUUUUGAACAGCAAGCUUUCCUGCAGCAACAUUUUGCUCAGCAGAACCUUCAAGCGUACUUGACGUCCUUGAAUUACGGUAAGGGUGCGCCCGCGGAGGUCGAGGGGGAUGCCAGUCGCGGCAUUGAGGAGAAGAUGAACAUGAUGGGGUCACCGUUGGCGAUCCCAAUGUCGAUGAAGAUGCCGUCGUCUUCAUCCUCGUCAGCGAACCCGCUUAUCCCCACGGGGGCAGCACCUGGGUACCCACAGAGCCAAGCACAAGAGAUCCGCUCUGGGAUGAUGAUGGGUGAGACGAGUCGCCGCGGCAGUACGCAAGUCGGUGCGCCUGAAACUGCAGCGCCUUUGCCCCUGCCCGUUGCGUUACCCACUGCGCACCUCUUCCCGCUAGAGACCAACAGUAACAACAGUAUCCUGCUGAACAGUGGUACCCACGACAUGAUCAACAACAUCUCCACGUGGACGAACGAUGCAGUCUCGGGGGCACUUGUGAACACGCACGACUACACGCCCAUGGGCAGUCUCCUGCCCAACGGAGGCGACACCGGGGCAGCGGGCCCGCAGCCGAUCCAGCACGGCGCGGUGAUUGCACCACCACCGCAGGCCGAGGACGCGGGGAACCAGGUGUACCCCGCCGUGGAGCCAUACGAGAACGGGCAAGGAAGACGGAUCUCCGCGAACAACGCAGCCCACUCGGCGACGCGGCUCUCUGAGGACUUCUGGACCAUCAACGACGACUACGGGUUCUUGACCUAA